CGGGAAAGCCGCCGAAGCCGAGGGGAGGAGCGUCUCCAGCAGGCGGGACCAGGGGCGGGGCUGCCCUCGCCAACAUAUAGCCGGUUCCGCGUGCCGCCCCCGGCGCUGCCCGGGAGGCAGCGACUGCGCCGAGCAGUAAACAUGGUGACCACCAGCCCUGAUGAGGCGCGCCGGGCGGUGCUGGGCGGGCGGCGGGGAAUGCUGGCCAAGCGGCAGCGGGCCGAAGACGUGACCCCAGAGGAGCGGGCUGAGCCUCAAGACAGCGCCGAGCCGGGCCUCCAGCUCCGCGCGCCGGUCAAGAAGAGCAAGGCCCCCCCGGUGGGGCGGGGCGCCGGCAGGCUGGGCUCCUCGGGCGGCUGCCAGCCUCUGCACCCGCUGGAGCUGCAGGUCUUCCGCGACUACGGACAGAGCUGGUACCGCUUCCGAAAGGAGAGGGAGAGCAAGUGCUACCCGCUCGACUCGCUGGCCCGGCAGCCACAAGUAACUGCAGAAGCCCGGUGCAAACUGAUCAGCUGGCUAAUACCAGUGCAUAAACAUUUUGGCUUUUCUUUUGAAUCCUUAUGCCUGGCAGUAAACACUCUAGACCGCUUUCUCACCACAACCCCAGUGGCUGCUGACUGUUUCCAACUCUUGGGGGUCACCACCCUCUUCAUUGCUUGCAAACAGGUCGAAGUACACCCCCCAAAGGUGAAACAGCUCUUAGCUCUUUGUUGUGACACUUUCUCCCAUCAGCAGCUCUGUAAUCUGGAGUGCAUCGUCUUAAACAAGCUCCACUUCAAUUUGGCAAUCCCCACUAUCAACUUCUUCUUGGAAUAUUUUACAUAUGUGCGGAUGGAGGCUUGUGAAGCUGAUGCUUGGGAGGCCAACAACGCCAAAGCCCUGGCCAAAGGUGUAGCUGAACUCAGCCUGGCUGACUAUGCUUUUAACAAAUACAUGCCUUCUUUGCUAGCUGUUUGCUCCUUGGGGCUGGCUGACCAGAUGUUACACCACCAGAAACCACUGGACCUGCACUUAAGCGGCUAUUCGGAAGAGAUUUUACAGGAUUGCCUGGACAAGUUGAAUUUACUGGUGUCUUUGAAUGAAAACUCUUUGCCUCUUGUGUUACCCCCUGAAAUUUCAGAACAGUGUCUGCAUGUGGAAAAGUAAGAUGAAUUAGGGAAGCAGGGGACAGCUAUACUUGAAGCCCUAUUUGUGGUCAUGCAUUUGGAAGCAUGUCAUUUCUUUCCCAGUGCAAAUAAAGAAAGAUCACUGAUGGUUUUAAUACCUCUGAAAUAACAGUAUUCAUUUUGCCCUUUUUCUUGGUAGGUUUUUUUAUCAAUGAUUUUUGCAUGGUAGUUAUAUUUAUUUGUAGUGGAAGUUACGAUGUUAGUUUAGAAUGCAAGCUGUUUAGCAGUGGCAUUGCUAAUAUUUUUAAAAUACAGUUUUCAAAUUCUAUUUUGCACACUAGACUUGUCAUACAUUGCACUGACAUUAUUCUAAAUAACAAAUUGUAAAUGGUGUAUAUUAUCUGGGUACUUAUUUAUUAAAAUGUAGUUCAGUAACUAAGCCAUAGGAAAGACAAUUGAGAAUGUAGUUUAGUACUAAGCCAUAGGAAAGAUAACGGUACUGUAAAUACUUUUAUGUAAUAAAACUUUUAUCAGUAACUGUAA